GAGCGCAGGGCACAUCCUCAUCAAAGACGUGCUUCACGGACUAGACUAGAGAGUGACGGAACAUCGCGGACAGGACGCUUCGCCGAGAGUCCGCCAGCCUCCGAUUCUGACCGCUUCAGGCGUCCUUCGCUUCCCCUGGUCCCCGACCCCGACCGCUCCGGCGCGCCGACACCGCUCCCCGGUAGCCUACUAUGGGUUGUGUCGCCAACUCCACCGGGACCCAAGUGCUACUGCAACAACUGGAGGCUCUGCGGAGCGCGGCGCAACUUUCUCAACUCUUCCACUUCGCGGAGAAAAGAAAGAUCUAUUAUAAAGCGGUCCGUGACAUCGAACCGGGCGAAGAGCUGCUGGUUUAUAUGAAGGACGGCAUCUUCCCCGAGGGAUCCAUGGCGCCCAACAUGGAAGACGAGCAGAUGUACCGCUGCGAGGACUGUGACGAGCUGUUCACCACGUCCCUGGAGCUGCGGCGGCACCAGAAGUACUCGUGCUCCAGCUCGGGCUCGCUGUUCGACGCGCUCAGCGAGGACUUCAAGCAGGAGCGGGAGGACAGCGACGAGGCCGUCCACGAGUGCAAGGACUGUGAGAAGAUCUUCCCCAACGAGUACAGUCUGGGCCAGCACAUGAUAGUUCACACAGAGGAGCGAGAGUACAAGUGUGACCAAUGCCCCAAGGCCUUCAACUGGAAGUCCAACCUAAUCCGCCACCAGAUGUCUCAUGACAGCGGCAAGCGCUUUGAGUGUGAAAACUGUGAUAAGGUACAGCACACCCCACACGUGUUCACGGACCCCAGCAACCUGCAGCGGCACAUCCGCUCGCAGCACGUGGGGGCGCGCGCCCACACCUGCCCCGAGUGUGGCAAGACCUUCGCCACGUCCUCGGGCCUCAAGCAGCACAAGCACAUCCACAGCAGCGUCAAGCCCUUUAUCUGCGAAGUGUGUCACAAGUCAUACACACAGUUCUCCAACCUGUGCCGCCACAAGCGCAUGCACGCCGACUGCCGCACGCAGAUCAAGUGCAAAGACUGCGGCCAGAUGUUCAGCACUACCUCCUCCCUCAACAAGCACCGGCGCUUCUGCGAGGGCAAGAACCAUUUCGGCUCCCCGGUCGGGAUGUUCAACCCGGGCAUCCCCAUGAGCUCCAGCCCCAUCAUGGCCAAGGCCAAGGGCCUCCACCCGCACCACCACCCGGGGCUGGCCCACGCCGGCCUGGGCUUCACUGACUACUUCACCUCCCGGCCCCACCCCCACGCCGGCCUGCCCUUCUCCACGGGGCCGCACGGCUACCCGUCCCUGUCGCACGGUUUCCCGGGUCUGUUCGCCCCGUCGCUGUACCCGCGCCCGCCCUUACUGCCCCCUAACCCCCUGCUGAAGAGCCCGCUGGGGCCGGACGGGAAGGGGGGCCGGGGCCCCAUGGAGGCGCCGCUGCCGCUCUCCCUGAUGGGCUCCAUGAGCAGCAACGGGGGCAUCGGGGGUCUGAGCCAGGGGGAGAGGGGGGAGAAGGAGGGCAAAGCCGACGUGUCCUCGAGCGGCGAGGUCAAGUCCAAGUCCAAGAUGGCGGACAUGUCGGACGGCAGCGACCUGGAGGACGUGAACACGACGAGCGGCACGGACCUGGACACCACCACGGGCACGGCGUCGGGCGACGGCUCCGACCUGGACAGCGACGGCGAGAGCGAGCGCGAGCGGAGCGGCAAGCGGAGGAAAGCGGCCCAGGCGGCCCCGGGGCUGGACGGCGGCCGGUCGGAGGACCCGAACGGGCCCCUGGUGUCGGCCAUGGCCGGCGCCGCCGCGCGCUUCUCCAUGGAGCGGCCGUUCCUCUCCAAGGCCGUCGCGCAGCACUCGUUCUUCCCGCCGCCGGACGAGCAGGCGCUCCCGCCCACCACCAGCCACGCCCAGACCGCCACCACCGACUCCAUCAAGGCCAUCGCCUCCAUCGCCGAGAAGUACUUCGGCCCCGGGCUGAUGGGCCUCCACCAGGAGAAGAAGAUGGGGCCGCUGCCCUACCAUUCCAUGUUCCCCUUCCAGUUCCUGCCCAACUUCCCCCACUCGCUGUACCCCUUCAGCAGCGACCGGGGGGCCCUCAACCCCGGCCUGUUCUUCAAGCCCGAGCCCAAGUCCCCCCGAGAGCAGCUGCACAAAAUGGCGCCGGUGGCGCAGGGGCCCCCCGCCGCGCCCACCCCCGACUCGGCGUUCGACCUCACCACCAAGGCCAAGGAGACCAAGCCGGCCCCCCCGACGCCGCCCAAGCCCAGCAACCCCAAUGGCGGCCCCCCGCGGGCGGCGACCGGCGAGGAGCAGCCCCUGGACCUCAGCAUCGGCAGCCGGCGCCGGAGCGGGCCCAACGGCGUGGCCUCGGACCCCCAGGGGCGCAAGCACCACCCCUACGGGGCCGGCAAGGGGACCCCCUCCAAGGAGGACGCCCCGACGGGUCACAUGCCCCCGCACGCCCAGUCGCUGCACCAGUCGCCCAUCGGCCUGCAGCACCCGCAGGGCCUGUCUCACCCCCCGCAGCCGUCGCCCCUCCACUACGCCAAGCCCUCCGCCUUCUUCAUGGACCCCAUGUACAGCAGGGUGGAGAAGAGGAAACUCCUCGACCCGGUGGGCGCGCUGAAGGAGAAGUUCCUCAGGCCCUCGCCGCUGCUGUUCCAUCCCCAGAUGUCUGCCAUGGAGAACAUGACGGAGAAGCUGGAGAGCUUCGGCUCCCUCAAGCUGGACGCCCCGCCCACCUCAUUACAGCACUCCGCCCACCCGCUCUUCAACUUCCGCUCCCCGCCCCCCUCCCUCUCGGACGCCAUCCUACGCAAGGGCAAGGAGCGCUACACCUGCAGGUACUGUGGGAAGAUCUUCCCCCGCUCCGCCAACCUCACCAGACACCUGCGGACACACACAGGGGAGCAACCCUACAGGUGUAAAUACUGUGACCGGUCCUUCAGCAUCUCGUCCAACCUGCAGAGACACGUGCGCAACAUCCACAACAAGGAGAAGCCCUUCAAGUGUCACCUGUGCAACCGCUGCUUCGGCCAGCAGACCAACCUGGACCGCCACCUCAAGAAGCAUGAGCACGAGAACAUUCCUGUGAGCCAGCAGCCUGGGAUGCAUUCCAACCUGGGAACCACCAUCUCCUCGCCGACCUCGGAGCCAGACAAUCAUGCACUUUUAGAGGAGAAGGAGGACUCGUACUUCUCGGAAAUCCGCAACUUCAUCUCCAACAGUGAGAUGAACCAGGCCUCCAGCUCCACAGAGAAGAAGUCGGAGCAGGCUGAGGAGGAGCGGCCGGUCGGCCACGCCCUCUCCUCCGGCUCCCAGCUGGCCCCGCGGGGGGUGGGCGAGGAGGAGGAGGAGGAGGGCGACGACGAGGAGGAAGAGGAGGGCAGCCUGACGGAGAAGUCCCAGGACGAGGCGCCCGAGUCCCCCUCCCCCGUCGCCGUGGCGGCGGGAGCGUACGAGGAGGAGGAGGAGGACGACGACGAAGGGGCGGACGCGGCCCCGCUGGCGAUGAGCUACGAACACACGCGCAGGUGUAUAGAAGAGGAGGGGCCCCUCCUGGACCUCGAGGGUCUGCCCAGCUUCCCCAAGAGCCUGGACGGGCUCCGCAGGGCGGCGGCCGGGGACGACCCGUCCUUCGACGUCAAAGACAUUUUUAACACCUCGCUAGAGUCGGAGGCCCUGAAAGAGACGUUGUACAGGCAGGCUAAGACCCAGGCUUAUGCAAUGAUGCUGUCCCUCUCGGAGAACAACCCUUUGCACACGGCCUCCCAGAACUCACUGGACGCCUGGCUGGGCCUGGGUGGUGGGCCGUCCGACACCGGCCCCUUCCACCCCCUCAACCACAUCUAGGAGGAGCACCGC